AUGGGUUCACCAGUGGACAAGGCAGAGCAUAUAGCCAAGAAGAUCAUUAGUCCCAAGUUGAAAAUUGACAUACCAUAUUGGGUUGCCAAUGAUGCAAGAACAUUGGUUUUAGCAGAGUUAAAGGGAACUUUUGAGAGUGCUUACACAAAAGCACCACAACUGGUCACAACUGCUACUUCUUUGAACCCAAACAGCAUACGACAUUUCAGUUGGACCAAAGAGGGUGAAGAUAACACAUUUGAGUCUGUCAUUUUAGCGUAUGAUGCACAGAUAAAAGGUUUUUUGAAUGGUUGUAGAAAGGUAAUUGGCUUAGAUGGAGCUCACCUAAAUGGUAAGCUAGGUGGUACAAUGCUUGCAGCCACUGGUAUAGAUGGUCAGAAUGGGGUAUAUCCAAUUUGUGUGAUGUUUACUACAAGUGAAACUGAAGAAAACUGGUUGCUGAUGUCGAAAGAAUUGAGGAAAAAGAUUCCAAAUAUGGAUGGACUUACCUUUAUUUCUGAUAGAAUGAAGGGCAUACUUGAAUCAGUUAAAAGGUUGUUUCCCUUGGCCAAUCAUAGAUACUGCCUAAGGCAUCUUUACUUGAAUUUCAUGACCAAGGGAUUCAGGAAUCCAAGACUAACAUACCUUCUUUGGAAGGCUUCCAAGGCAUACAAGUAUAAACAUUGGGAGAAGGCCAUGCAAGAAAUGGCAGGGAUAGAUCCCAAAGCAUACCAGUACUUGAUUGAUGCAGAGCCAAAGUCUUGGGCGAGAACAUGGUUUCCUCAUGAUGUUGCUUGUGAACACAUCUACUCCAACUUUUCAGAAAGUUUUAAUAACAUGUCCCUCAAGAUCAGAAACAAGCCUCUCACUCAGAUGGUUUAUAUGUACACACACUUGGUGAUGGUGUUGUUUUCAAAAAGAAGAAAGCUUGCUUCAACUUGGCAAAUGGGUGAUAUUGUUCCUGCUGGAAAGGAUCUCAUUGAGGUGAUGUCCAAUCUUAGAGACAGUGCUUGUCUACAUGCUGUAAAAGCCUUGUUCCUUUUGAAUCCUGAUUGGGCCCAGUACUGCAGUAAAUGCUACACUGUGGACUACUAUAGGACCACCUACUCAUGGUCAAUGACCCCAUUGGGAGACAUUGAUGAGUAUGAAAAUAAUACUGGUAUCAACAUUAUACAUCCACACAGAUUGAGAGAUAAGGGAAGACCUUGUGUCAAAAGAAAGAAGUCUUGGUAUGAGAAGAACAAGCCGCGCAAAAGAGUAGCAAAGUGCAGUGUUUGUAAAGGUCUUGAUCAUAACAUCCUUACCUGUCAAGGUCCUCCAGUUGGGUCUAACCCCAAGAAGAAAGGUGUUAGAAUGGAGUGUUCUGUUAAUGGGGAUGAGUUUUGUAUUACUGCUGCACCAACAAAGAAGAUGAGGAAGGCCUUGUCUGCACCAAAUACUGCAUCAACAUCUGCAUCAAAGAAAUCAGCUGAGGUACCACCAUUGUCAAAGGGAAAAGCAGCUGCUACUACACCAUCUACUUCUUCAGCUGGUUCCCAGAAAAAGGGUAAGACAACUACACCAUCCUCCUCCACUGCACCCAAAAGGAAGGUAACACAUCCAUCUACUUCUUCUACACCUUCAUCUGCCUGUUUUAACCAGACUUAUCAUGGUACUUUUAAUAUUUCUAGACAAACAAUUAACAUUUUUGAACCACCAUCAAAAAGGGUUAGAAAUCCUAACUCUAAAUAUCAGUAA